AUGACUUUAUUUACCUGCUCUCUAUUGGUAUUGAGCUCUCGCACAGCUGACGGCUUCAUCCUGCGACUGAUCAGCGAAACGCUACAAAACAAUGUAGCUGGGGAGCCGAUAACUCACGUGCGAACCGAUUGGGAUUUCGAUCCAGAGGCGGCUAAAAAAGCGCGUACUCUGUACUACGAGAAAAAUGGAUAUCGUUCGGCCAAGUUCAUAGAGCGCCUGGGCGUGGGACUCGAUGGACGGCACGAGGAGCGCAGGCAGGAGCAGCGGGAACGCGACGUGGGGCGCUUGAAUGGCGAGCACUUUAUCAACUAUCCAGCUUAGUUCAUAAUUUAGCGCUAAGAGAUGGAGAGAGAGAGAGGGGAGAGGGGGAGAGCGAGGCUGCAUAUAAAUCCUUGUGGCAUAUGUGGAGCAUUGUCAUCAUUUUAAUUUGCAGCGAUUAAUUGUCAUUAAUGUGCUUCACAAGGAUUUGCAUAAUUUGCCAGCGUAACACAUAUGCAGCAUGCCACAUGCCACAUCCCACACAUGCCACAUUCAUUGUUAAUGGUACACGAGACGAGGUGGGCAGGGUAGGGUAGGAUGGCCACGUUGUUAUGGUUUUAAUAAACGUUAUUAGCGACUGCAACUGCGA